UAUUCACACAACGAAAGCGGUGAUGUUCCGGAGGCAAGUGAGACGGUCGUGAACUGUUUGGCAAACCACCACGGAGACAUUUAGCGAGGAUUUCAGACUUGUUUUGUAUCUACCCAUGUUGCCGUCGAGCUGUACAGACUUAAACAUUUUGAAUGAGUCCAUCUCGUUAUCAUUCCGGACCAUAUGUUGAGGAACCCGAGGGGAAGAAAACAAGGAAACGGCAGUUUAGGAGGCUGUCUGGACCGGAGGACGAAGUGGCUAGCUAAUAGUAACUCAGAGCUGCUGUGCCAAGAGGGAUAUUCACACUCAACGUGACAUAGCUGACAAAUAGGACACGGAACAGAAGGAUAAUCUGGCCAAGGAUAACCUGGACAAUCUCCUGGCAUCGAGAAGAAGAUAAGUUGUUGUGAAGAUAACGCCAGACUACGGCGACGUUGGCCAGCACUGUCACCUUAAAAAAAAAGAAAAGAAAGAGGAGAAAAAAAAAAAAAACAGAAACCAAACAAGCGUCCAGCCGCCGUGCAGUGUUUUAAGGAUGAACCACUUAUCCCUCAGCGAGCUAUGUUGCCUGUUCUGCUGUCCGCCCUGCCCCAGCAAGAUCGCCUCCAAGCUGGCCUUCCUGCCCCCAGAGCCGACCUACAGCCUCAUGUGUGAUGAGAGUGGCAGCAGAUGGACGCUGCAUCUCUCUGAGCGUGCUGACUGGCAGUACUCAGCCCGGGAAAAAGAUGCCAUCGAGUGUUUCAUGACACGCACCUCAAGAGGGAACCGCAUUGCCUGCAUGUUUGUCCGUUGCUCACCCAGCGCCCGGUACACUCUACUGUUCUCCCAUGGCAAUGCAGUGGACUUGGGGCAGAUGAGCAGCUUCUACAUUGGCCUGGGUUCACGAAUCAACUGCAACGUCUUCUCGUACGACUACUCGGGUUACGGCGCCAGUUCUGGGAAACCUUCGGAGAAGAACCUGUAUGCUGAUGUAGAUGCUGCCUGGCAGGCACUUCGGUCACGGUAUGGCAUCCGUCCAGAGAAUGUGAUCGUGUAUGGUCAGAGCAUUGGCACCGUGCCCUCCGUGGAUCUGGCCUCUCGCUAUGAGAGCGCUGCCGUCAUCCUCCACUCCCCGCUCACCUCUGGCAUGAGAGUGGCUUUCCCCGACACCAAGAAGACCUACUGCUUUGAUGCCUUCCCAAACAUCGACAAGAUUUCCAAGGUGACGUCACCAGUGCUCGUGAUCCACGGUACAGAGGACGAGGUCAUCGACUUCUCCCACGGCCUGGCGCUGUACGAACGCUGCCAGCGCCCCGUCGAGCCUCUCUGGGUGGAGGGAGCCGGACACAACGAUGUGGAGCUCUAUGGACAGUACCUGGAGAGACUCAAGCAGUUUGUGGCACACGAGCUCGUCAACUUGUAGAGGAGCUGGAAGGAAGGGCGGAGAGGGUAGAAGAGAAGAAAGCAACGGUUUUCAGGAGAUUGAUGGACGAGCGUUUUCUUCUCUUUUUUUUUUUCCGUGAAGUAAUGCAGGUUGAAGUGGUGUCUGUCUGUGGUAGUGCCGACGUUAUGGUGGCUGACUUCUCAUUAUCGAGCACCUCUUCCCCUCGGGGCUCCAGGUUGCCCAGGGCCUGCCCGUACCGUCCACUCCACAUGCUGCAGCUGUGAACUUAGAAGUACCCAUCGUUUUGUUUAGCUUUUAGAUUUUUUUUUUUUUUUCAUUUUGAAAAUUGCACAUUGUGAAAGUGUGUGAAUGAAAGAGGAAGUAGACAUGUCCACAGACAACAUACCAUGUGUACAUGCAAUAUAUACGACUGUGUGUGCGAAUGUGUCACAUUUUUGCUGCCUUUUUGAGAAAGACGUGGUCCACAGUUCAUAAUGGAGACCUCUUGUCAGCUCUUGAGCCCUUCGAGGUUCUGAAAAAGAAACAGCCUUUGUACAAACUAGUCUGGACCUGACUUGCUCUAAUCCAGCCAGUCUCCAUCUGACUCUGAGGUCCUGGUUUGGUCCUACACACUGCAGUCACCAUGAAAUCUUUUUUUUUUUUUUUUUUUUGGAGUACUGUUUAUUAUAUUUUUUUAUAUUAUACAUAAUAUUUGCACGUAUCAGCUGUCACUGAAGAACUGUACAUGACAAACUGACAUAUUACCUAGCUGUGCCAGUGUUGCCAAAUGUUUAGUAUAAUAUAUUGCAGAGACUUAGGCACACGAAGAAGUGUACUUUUACAAACAUUUAGAAACAUCUCCAAAGCUCGGUUAGCUGUAUCCAAUCUUCUCUGUUUAGUUUUAAAGUGGUACAAUUUGAUGUUGCAGUCUGAAAGAAUAUGAUGCAAGAACGGGGCUCAGUCUGCAGCUUAUGUAGCCAGUUUGAAAGGCUGUAUAUCGUCGACCAAUAAAGCGGGGGGGCGUUUCCUCACACUCCACAAAUGUUUCCACAGUUUAACUUGAAGUGUUGUUGCUGUAAGAUCACUAUCACUACGCUGUAGUCGAUUAACUUGAUGUCUUCAGAGAAACUGAAUGCUGGCCACUACUGUGGACAAAGUAUGGGACCCCUUUUCGGAAAUGCAUAUUUGCCUCAAUAUAGUAACUGUUAUGAAGCCCAUUGUUGACUGUUUUUUUUUUUUCUUUCUGCCUUUGAGUUUGAAGAUAUCAAGCUAAGUAAUGUGCGUAGUCAUUAUUAUAGAUCUCUCUAGAGUACCAAGAUCAGAUCUUUCUAUAGAUGAAUCUUUUUUUAUAUGAUAAAAAUGUAACUACUGAGACAGCAGCUAAUGGUCAAUGCUCUGAUCAAGACUUAAACCACUAAUGCCAAUCAGGAUGAACGUUAUGAACAUAACUGGUAUCGACUUAUUUUCAGUUCAGGAAGUUUUUUUAUUUUUAAAGUCAAUGUUCAAAGUCAUUUAAGCAUUACUUGCUUUAGAAUGAAUGGACAGCGGGUUAUAUCUGUGUGAGCGGCUCAGCAUUAAAGGCGUCCACGACGGACAGGAUGUUUUACUUUUUGUUUUUGUCUUAAAUUUACCUUUCCGUCUGCAUGAUGUUUUUAAAUCCAUUGUUGUAUGUUGAGUUGCCCUUUAAUGCUGAGUGAGGCAACACAAAGCAUUAGCGCGCUGAUGUCUCUAUUAGGCACUGUCGGUGGCCUGAGAAGCAAAUGUCAAAGUGCUAUUGCAUGCCACGAAUGGCUGUUUUCUCUCUCGAUGUUUUUGGCCUGUAUAACAAAGGCAAGAAAUAUAUAAGAAUUCUCGAUGAAACCUUUUUUUAGGGGUAUUUUAUAUACCUGUGUCAAACUUGAGCCUGUGUUCACAAAAGGGGUCAAAUUUUGUUAAGUGACAAUUAACCAAUAAGCCAAUGGGUGCUACUGUUAAACCUUCAGGUCUGAUUAAUUACAUGUUGAGUGGAAUUGACCAAGAUCUAGAUCAAGAUCGGUAACUGUCAGUUGAUUGUCUGUUGUUAUGAAAACUUUUGUCACAACUUAUUUGUCUUAUAAACAAACUCAUGCUUUUCCUUUUUUGUUUUUACUUUUGUAAAUAAUAUUUGUACUGGACAUGUUGUCAUUUUAUUUUUAUUUUUUUCUUUCACAAACUUUUGUCAUCUGUCAACUGUAUUUCUGCUAACUUCUCUAACUCUUGAUAUGACAAAGAUUAGACCAAGGUAGGCCGUCAUUUUGGCUUUUCAGAUGACCUUUGUACUGGUCACCUUGACAAGUGUCAUCUCUGAUUUGAUUAGAUUAAUUUUGUAAAGCAUAUUUCAAUACAGAAGGAAGUUAUAUGUAAUAAAAUUAAUAUAGUAAUUCUAACAUGGAUAUAGACAAUAAAAUGGUAUUUGAGAAACAA